CCCCGAUAUCAACAACUGUCAACAACACCCUCUGAAGCCAACUGGUUGUUGAGGCUGCGUUCAACUGUCCCUCUUCUGAUAUUCCUCGGCAACAAUCGCGCAUGGACGCGUUUGCAACCCCGAAGAAGAAACGGCUGUAUAUUGACGAGGAUGAUUCGGUCAUUACACCCAAGAAAUUACGUUCAGCACCGUUGACCCCGCCACCGACAACCAAAUUUCAGCGAAAUGACAUAAAGUCAUUUCCUUCCCAUCUUUCCCGCCUACUGUCUCUGCAUAGUUCCAUUGAACAAGCAAUCUCGAUCGCACUCGCCACAUCUUCAAUGGGCCUAAGUAACUCCAGCAGGAGCUUAAGCUCAAAGGAAAACUCGAGUGCCAUUCCAAAUGUGGUGAAUCAUAUAUCUCUCCAAAGCGUCGGUAUGGGCAAACGAUUGAGUGUUGAAGAUCUCUCUCGUCUCGUCUGGUUAUGGGAGUGGGAUGGGAUAACGAAGCCGGAAUCGUUUUCUCAUAAUGCUGCCAUAUCCAGAAGCGACGAUGACAACCCUUUCCUUGUUCCGUCGGCUGAGUGGAUCCGUGGUGGAUUGGGGCUGGUCCUCACACCCACCACGCAUCUUUCGCGUACCCACGGGAAGCGCGUACCAGCCUAUGGCAUUGGCAUCGAGGUGGAGUCCUCCACUGACCGGAAAGGGGGAAUGGCUAGUAUUGCACGAUGGACGGCCGGAUCAGAAGAACGGCGCGCUGCAUUGACUGACAAGCUCGCGAAGUGGACCGAGCUCCAUGUUUGCGAGCGGGUGAGAGAACGCGAAUCGUCAAGGGCCUCUUCACCAACGCCAUCCGCCAUACCAAAUAUACCAUUUGCUGGUCUCCCUCCAUUGGCCAAUAUUACCUCGAGCAACAUGUCCUCGUUGACGCGCACCUUGCUUCUCUCUCCUCCGAAAAAUACCUCUUCGCGAACCCCAGCAUCUGCUAAGCAAUUAAGUUUGCCUCCAUCAUCCAUUCCCUUCCCAACCCCCAGUCCCUCAGUAAAGAAGCCGCCUGCUCCUGCUAGGUCUGAUUUGCUUAAGAAACCUCCAAUACCUGCUCCAGCCCUGGUGCCGCGUCCCCAGACUCCCACAGAUAAGCAAUCUUCCGAAAUACCUGAAACACCCACAACUUCGAGACGCGCCGCAUUGUCUGAGCGAAUUCGACGAAAGUCUCUCAACACUCCAAGUAAAGGAUCCGUUGUGAUCAAGACGAGGGACUCUUUCAGUGGCGUGGAGACAACGCGGACAAUUACUCCAGAGGAGCUGAAGCGACGAUUGGUACUCGGACGUCUCAACAGUGUUGCAGACUCAGUUUGGAUGCUUUUCCAAGCACCCUCCCAGAGCCCUUCAUCAAACCCUACCCCUCCAACUCGGCGGCGGAGAGCCAUCCCAUUCAAUGAGGUUCUUUCCGUAGUUAUCAAAAGUUCUCGUACUCCGAUGUCCACAGGUAUUUCUCAUGGCUUUCAUUCAUCCUGGACUUGCUGGACACUAUUGCCUCAUUGCUUACCUCUGUUCGGCAGCCGAGGCCGCUGAAGCCCUUAGGACACUUGCCUCUCUUUGUCCCGACUUCCUCAAAUCCGUGGUAAUUGAUAAAGAAGAAUGGCUUCAAGUAACUGCAGGUGG